GUCACCAGCUCUUGUCAGGAAUGUCCGUCCCCUGCGCGCACAGAUCAUGUACUGGAUGCGCCCACUUUAUUUUUAACCCGGCGGGGUGGGUCAGUCGCUGGCUUUCGGGAAUGACCGUGGAGCGCGCGGCGCCUUCAGCCCCUUUCCCUCGUCCCCCGUGCAGAACCGUGCCCUUCUCUCGCUGUGGAGACCCCCGUCCGCUCUGACCAGGACAGCGCUGCUUCAAUGGGAUUAUAAUUGGUUUAUUGGCAGGGAGAAGGCUCAAGAUAAACACUUUCGGACAGGACAGCAUCCAGAAGCAAAUUUACUCUCUGCUGAACCACAGGCCUUCCUCUCCUCAGUCCAGUUGCUGCUGUUGCUACUACAGUUUCACGCACACUACUACCUCCAGUAUUCGAGGUCCCUCCUGCCAUUUCUUCCCCCUCCGCUCAUCUUCCUCUUCACCCAGAGCACCUGAGGACGCCGGCUGCCGUCCCCCCACCCGCCUGCCACGCUGGCUGCCGCCAUGACUUCCACAACAGACUUUGAUAAUGCUGAGAUCACGCAGCAGUACAGCCACAUCAACACCCGCUUUGACCUCUCUGAUGAGGAACUAGACAAUGACAACAGCUCUGCCAGGCUGUUUGAGCGCUCACGCAUCAAGGCCCUCGCAGAUGAGCGUGAGGCGGUUCAGAAGAAGACCUUCACUAAAUGGGUCAACUCAAUCCUGUCCCGGGUCGGCUGUCGCAUCUCUGACCUCUACCUGGACCUUCGAGAUGGACGCAUGCUUAUUAAACUGCUGGAGGUGCUGUCCGGUGAACGGCUGCCGAAACCCACUAAAGGUCGGAUGCGUAUCCACUGUUUGGAGAAUGUGGACAAGGCUCUUCAGUUCCUCAAAGAGCAGAGGGUCCACCUGGAGAACAUGGGUUCCCACGACAUUGUGGACGGCAACCAUCGUCUCAUCCUCGGCCUUAUCUGGACCAUCAUCCUGCGCUUCCAGAUCCAGGACAUUAUUGUGGAAACGGGCCAGGCAGACCAGAAGGAGACUCGCUCAGCCAAGGACGCUCUUCUUCUGUGGUGUCAGAUGAAAACUGCAGGAUAUCCCAAUGUCAACAUCACAAACUUCACCACCAGCUGGAAAGACGGCAUGGCCUUCAACGCUCUCAUACACAAACACCGGCCAGAUCUGGUGGACUAUAACAGUCUAAAGAGGUCCAACCCGACCCACAACCUCCAGAACGCCUUCAACGUGGCAGAGCAGAGGCUUGGCGUGACCAAACUGUUAGACCCAGAAGAUGUGUUCACAGAGAACCCAGAUGAGAAGUCCAUCAUCACGUACGUCGUGGCAUUUUACCACUACUUCUCGAAGAUGAAGCAGCUCGCCGUCGAGGGCAAGAGAGUUGGAAAGGUUCUGGAUCACGCCAUCGAGACUGAGAAGAUGAUUGAUAAGUACGAGACGCUGGUGUCAGACCUGCUGACGUGGAUCGAGCAGACCAUCAUCGUGCUGAACAACCGAAAACUUGCCAACUCCCUGACUGGAGUCCAGCAGCAGCUCCAGGCCUUCAACACCUACCGCACUGUAGAGAAGCCGCCCAAGUUUCAGGAGAAGGGUAACCUUGAGGUGCUGCUGUUCACCAUCCAGAGUCGUAUGAGGGCCAACAACCAGAGGGUCUACACACCUAAAGAGGGAGCCCUGGUCGCAGAUAUCAAUAAGGCGUGGGAGCGUCUGGAGAGGGCGGAGCACGAGCGGGAGCGCGUCCUGAGAGAGGAGCUGAUCAGACAGGAGAAGCUGGAACAGAUGGCGAGAAGAUUCGACAGGAAAGCCGCCAUGAGGGAGACCUGGCUCCAGGAGAACCAGAGACUAGUGGCCCAGGAUAACUUUGGUUAUGAUCUGCCGUGUGUGGAGGCCGCCAAGAAGAAGCACGAUGCUAUUGAGACAGACAUUGCGGCGUACGAGGAACGCGUUCAGGCCUUGGUGGACAUCUCGAAGGAGCUGGAGUCUGAGCGUUACCACGAUGCCAAACGGAUCGACGCACGGAAAGACAACAUCAUGCGUCUCUGGGACUACUUGCAGGAGCUGUUGAUGGCCCGUAGGGGGCGUCUGGAUAAGAACCUGACCCUGCAGAGGAUCUUCCAGGAGAUGCUAUAUAUCAUCAGCUGGAUGGAUGACAUGAUGGCUCGGCUGAAGUCUCCAGACUUUGGGAAACACUUGCUGGAAGUUGAGGACUUGUUACAGAAACAUGCCUUGGUAGAGAACGACAUUGCUCUCCAGGCAGAGAGGGUGCACAACGCCAGUGCUGCCGCACUCAAAUUUGCGAACGGAGAUAGCUAUAAGCCAUGUGAUCCCCAGAUCAUCCGGGACAGGGUGCAGCACCUGGAGCUGUGCUACCAGGAGCUUUGUGCCCUGGCAGCCCAGCGAAGGGCUCGCUUGGAGCAGUCCCGCCGCUUCUGGAACUUCCUGUGGGAGGUGACAGAGCUGGAGAGUUGGAUUAGGGAGAAGGAACAAAUUUUCUCCUCCCUGGAUUAUGGCAGGGACCUGACAAGCGUGCUGGUGCUCCAGAGCAAACACAGCGCCUUCGAGGACGAGCUCGGAGCCCGCCGCGCCAACCUCGAACAGGUCUUGGCUGAGGGAGAAAAGAUGAUCCAGGCCAAGCAUUUCGGCUCACCGAACGUUCAGGAAUGCAUGCAGGACAUCGGGAGGCAAUGGCAGCAGCUGGAGGAACUGGCAGCGUUUCGGAAACAGAACCUGCAGGACACUCAGAGAUUCUUCCAGUUUCAGGGAGAUGCUGAUGAACUCAAAGCCUGGCUGCUGGACGCUAAGAGGCAGAUGAGCAGCGAAGAUGUAGGUCAAGAUGAGUACAGCACACAGCGACUACUCAAGAAGCACAACGACCUAAGGAAUGAAGCAAUCAAAAACGGAGCCACUAUUGAUGCUCUAUCAAAGCAGGCCAAUGCGCUGCCAGAGGAACUACAAAACACCCCUGAUAUCCAGAGACGACUCAAAGACAUCAAGGACCUGUACAUGGAGCUCAUGUCUCUGGCUGACCUGAGAAAGAAAAAGCUUGAUGACACUAUGGCCCUGUACACCAUCUUCAGUGAGACAGAUGCCUGUGAGCUCUGGAUGGGCCAGAAGGAGACGUGGUUGGUAGGAUUAGAGGUGCCGGAGAAGCUGGAGGAUCUGGAAGUAGUACAGAACAGGUUGAGCAUGCUAGCUCAAGAUAUGGCAAAUGUUCAGACGAGAGUUGAUGACGUCAACAAAGCUGUGAAGCAGCUGGAGGACAGCAGACACCCUCGCACCAAAGAGGUCAAGGAAUGUCAGACACGACUGAAUAAGAGGUGGGAGGCGUUCAAAGCCAUGGUGGAAGACAAGAAGAGGAAAGUGGAUUCUGCUGUUAGUCUGCACAACUAUGGGCUGGAGUGUGAUGAGACAGAGGCCUGGAUCAAAGACAAGACACGGGUGAUCGAGUCCACACAGGACUUGGGCAAUGACCUGGCAGCUGUCAUGACCAUUCAGAGGAAACUGUUUGGCAUAGAGAGAGAUUUAGCCGCCAUCGAUGCCAAGCUCACCUUCCUGAGGAAAGAAGCUGACCAGCUGGCUAAGGAUCACCCGGAGAACGCAGCCGACAUCUUGGCCCGCAGAGGAGAACUGGACGCAGCCUGGGACGCGCUGAGAAAGACCCUGAAAGACAGAGAGGACUCUUUGGGUGAGGUCAGCAAGUUGCAGACCUUUCUCCAAGACAUGGAUGACUUCCAGUCCUGGCUCUUCAAGACUCAGAAGGCUGUGGCGUCAGAGGAAAUGCCUGCCACGCUGCCAGAGGCCGAGGAGCAGCUCAGCCUCCAUGAUGCUGUGCGUGAAGACAUAAACAACCAUGAAGAGGACUAUCACCGUGUGAGGGACACCGGUGCUCAGGUCACGCAGGGUCAGGAGGACGAUCCUCAGUACCAGCAGCUGGCACAGAGGCUGAAAGGCAUGGACCGCGGUUGGUAUGAACUGCAGAAGAUGUGGGACAGUCGCAAGAACUUCCUGGACCAGGGUCUGGGCUUCCAGCAGUUCAUGAGAGAUAGCAAGGCUGUAGAAGCCAUUCUCAACAACCAGGAGUAUACCCUGGCCCACAUAGACAGGCCUGACACCUUGGCCGGGGCAGAGAAAGCUUUGAAGAAGCAUGAGGACUUUGUGAGCACCAUGGAGGCCAAUGAGGACAAGAUUGAUGGAGCUCUGCAGGGCGGACAGCGGCUGGUGGACAGUAACAACCUGUACUCUGGGAAAGUUCAGGAGAAAAUGGACUCCAUCCAAGACAGGCGUGACAAGAAUAAAAGAAGAGCCCAGGAGGUGUCUGAGAAGCUAACCGAUAACCGCGACCUGCAGCACUUCCUGCAAAACACUCAAGAUCUGACGGUGUGGAUCAAUGAGAAGAUGCUGACAGCUCAGGACACGUCGUACGAUGAGGCCAGGAACCUCCACAGCAAGUGGCUAAAACAUCAGGCCUUCAUGGCUGAGCUGGCCUCCAACAAGGACUGGCUCAACAAAGUAGACCAGGAGGGUCAGGAGCUCAUGGAGUCCAAGCCUGAGUUUGAGCCCAUUGUGAAGGAACGCCUGGCCAAGCUCCACGAGCUGUGGGACAAACUGGAGUCCACCACCCAGGAGAAGGCCCGGCUGCUGUUUGAUGCCAACCGCUCCGAGCUUUUUGACCAGAGCCUGGCUGACAUGAAGAAGUGGCUUGGUGAGCUGCAGCAGCAGCUACAGAGCGGAGACGAGGAUGUUAAAGACCUGACCAGUGCCAACAUCCUACUCAAGAAGCAUCAGAUGACAGAGAACCAGGUGCGUGACCGGGGAAGGGAGCUGGAGGAGCUCCAGGAGGCCGUCAGGAAGCACGGCGGAGGCAGGGAGGAUCAGUCGGAGCUGGAGGCCGAGCAACAGGCCCUGCAGAGGGACUUCCAGCAGCUCCUCACACCUCUGGCUCAGCGCAAAGGCAAGCUGGAGGCCGCCAAGGCUGUCCAUCAAUUCUACAGAGACCUGGCCGAUGAGCUUCUCUGGAUAGAGGAGAGGAUGCCCCUGGCAAUGUCAGAAGAGCAUGGCCACAAUCUUCAAACUGUGCAAAUGCUGCUGAAGAAGAACCAGACAUUACAGAGGGAGAUCGAGGGCCACCAGCCUCGCAUGGACGAAGUUCUGGAGCGAGGAAGGAGGAUGGCGGCCGCCGCCAGCACAGAGGACAGGCCGGAGGCAGAGCGUAUCACGGACCAGCUAAAGGAGCUGGAGGAGGCGUGGGCCCGGCUGCAGGAUGAGAUGGCUAAGCGCCGGGAGAGGCUGAAUGGCUCCAACUUGGCGCAGCAGUACUACAACGACGCAGAUGAGGCUGAAGCCUGGAUAGGGGAGCAGGAGCUUUACAUGAUCGCUGAUGAAAAGGCCAAGGAAGAGCAAAGUGCCAUGCUGAUGCUAAAGCGCCACAUGAUCCUUAAGCAGGCGGUGGAUGACUAUGCCGACUCCAUUCAGAAGCUGGCAGACCGUGCCCAAAAGAUGUUUGCAGAGGAUCAUCCUGAUGGUGAGGAGAUUAUCAGGCGACAGGGCCAGGUGGAUAAGCAGUACGCAGGGCUGAAGGAGCUGGCAGAAGACCGCAGGAAGAAGCUGGAUCACACCUACCACCACUUCCAGCUGAGCCGAGAGGUGGAGGACCUGGAGCACUGGAUCGCAGAGAAAGACGUGGUGGCCUCCUCUCAGGAGAUGGGCCAGGACCUGGAUCACGUCACGCUUCUGAGGGACAAGUUCAGAGAGUUUGCGCGGGAGACGGGGAUGGUGGGACAGGAACGAGUGGACACUGUCAACCAGACGAUAGACGAGCUGAUCGAAGCUGGCCACAGCGAGGCAGCCACCAUGGCAGAGUGGAAAGACAGUGUCAAUGACAGCUGGGCUGAUCUGCUGGAGCUCAUCGACACUCGCGCUCAGCUCCUCACAGCGAAUUACGACCUGCUCAAGUACUUUGAUGAUGGGAAGGAGUUGGUGGCUCAGAUCCACGAGAAGCAGAAAGAGCUGCCUGAUGAUGUGGGAGAGGACUUCAGCAAAGCUGAGUCUUUCCACAGAAUGCAUGCUGCCUUUGAGAGAGACAUCACCGCUCUAGGCAAACAGGUUCAGCAGUUCCAAGAGACAGCUGCAAGGCUUCAUGCCCAGUACGCAGGGGACAAGGCCGACGCCAUCCAGGCCACAGAGCGGGAGGUGGUGGAAGCAUGGAAGGGCUUGCUGGACGCUUGCGACGGCCGCAGGGCACGACUAGUAGACACAGCUGAGAAGUUCCGCUUUUUCACCAUGGUCCGAGACCUGAUGGCCUGGAUGGAGAGCAUCAUUCAGCAGAUAGAGACUCAGGAGAAACCCAGGGAUGUCUCAUCCGUGGAGCUCCUGCAGAAGUAUCACCAGGGGAUCCGCUCAGAGAUUGAGGCCAGGGGAGCCAAAUUCACAGACUGCAUAGACCUCGGCAAGGCCAUGCUGACACGCAAGCACCGAGACUCUGCUGAGAUCAAAGAGAAGCUGGCGCAGCUGAUCGAGAAAAGGAAGGAGAUGAUGUUCAAGUGGGACGACAGAUGGGACUGGCUCAGACUCUUGCUGGAGGUGUGUCAGUUUGCACGGGACGCCUCGGUGGCGGAGGCCUGGCUGAUCGCCCAGGAGCCGUACGUGACCAGUAAGGACCUGGGCCACACUGUGGAUGAGGUCGAGAAACUCCUGAAGAGGCACGAGGCCUUCGAGAAAUCCACUGCCACUUGGGAGGAGCGCUUCUCUGCACUGGAGCGACUCACUACACUGGAGCUGUUGGAGCUGAGGAAGCAGCAACAGGAGAUGCAGCAGUUCCUUAAAGAAGAGCAGCGCUCAGAUAAGGAUAGCAGGAGAGAAGACACAGGCUUUGUAGAAGAAUCUUCUCAACUCUACACUAUUGAGGAACAAACUUUGUCUGGUUCUGGUGCGGUUGAACCCAGUUCAGGUCAGCUGGAGGGGGCGGCUGGUGACUCCACUGUACCCAUAGAGUCAGAGAUGAGAGAGAGUGGCUCUCUGGAGCUGGAGCCCUCUGUCUCAGUAGUGACCCCGAAAGAACCAGAGAGGGCUGCCACCAUGCCCAUGGAGGCCCUCAGAGCCCAGACUGUGCUGCAGGAGGGCCUGCUGAGCCGCAAACAUGAUGUGGAGGGCUCAGGAAAGAAGGCUUCAAACAGGUCAUGGAACAACUUGUACUGUGUGCUGAAGCCAGGUCAGCUCUCAGCCUAUAAGGAUGCCAAAAGCUUUGGGCAUGGAGUGACAUAUCAUGGUGAAGACCCUCUGUCCCUCAGUAACGCCAGCUGGGAAAUCCUCACCAACUAUAAGAAAAAGAAGCAUGUUGCCAAACUACGUCUUGGCGACAGCAGUGAAUAUUUGUUCCAGUGUAAAGACGAGGAGGAGCUCCAGCGUUGGAGCCAGGCCAUGGAGAAGGCCAUUCAGCCCCUGGCAGCGGAGGAGGCGUCGGGGCCCUCAGGGGCCAAAACCCACAGCCUGCCCCCUCCCUCCUCCUCAGCUGCCCUCCCUGAGCCCAGCUCUGCCAAGAAAGACAAGGAGAAGAAGUUCAGUCGCUUUGCCAAGAAGAAGUGAAAGGAGAUGGGAGGGCCAUCAGGAGUGGGGGGGGUUGCCAAGGCAACCUGCAAAGAGAAAGUAGUAUUUGUGUACAAUCAGUCUGAGCGAGCUUUUUAAUCACUAGAUUUUUUUAUAUUAUUUUGUGAGAAUUAACAUAAAUAUUGUAGUUUAGGUUAAAGCCAUUGCUCUUCUGCCUGUAUUUAAGUCAGUGUCUCAUUGCUAAGGUCCACUUUUUUCUUUGUGUUCUCUUUAACAAAUGCCAAAUUCAAAGCAUUAAAUUAAAGCACAGGAAUGCUCCUUUCACACUCAACCAAAGAAUGUUUGUAAAACUUCUCUUGUGUUACUUUUUGCUUUAGUAAGGCAUGCUUUGAUACAGCUGUGUACGAUAUGAAGGCCUGUAAUGAACGUAGGGUGACUCAAGAGUACUGAAGCGUACUUUUAUUAUUUUGCCUUAUAAAAUGGUUGCGAACUGUAAUACUGUGCUGUUUGAAUUUGGUGCACUAAAUGCUACUCAUAGAAUUAGAGUGAAUUUAACGGGCUUUAAAAAGCUUUGUAAAUGCGGUGUAAAGACUUGGUAAUGAGCAAACCGUAGUGCAGUGCUUUACAGUGCGCGCACACACACACACACACACCCCAAGUGUAAUUGCCGGUAUGCAAACUAAACGCUCUAUGCACUGUGAAGGGUUUGACUGUUGAGAUUUUAAAUUGGUGACUGACGACAUAUGAGCAGAUAUGACACCACGAUCAGCCUGUUUGGAAUAUAGACUAUAUUCUCAACUGAGCUGUAGCAGUAGUUAUUUCUGUGAACUUGAAAUAUAUUCAACACUUGUGUAUUAAACCCUAAACUUCUUAUCUAUUCAUUAACAUUUAACAUAUAUACAUAUACAGUAUAUCUACAGAUGCAUGAGGUAUGUUUUAUGUUAGUUUGAUAUGGUGCUAUUGUGAUGUUCUUGAACCUUCAAUCAAGACCAACUUGACCUGCCUUAUUUGUCUUCAAUUUUGGCUUGUAGUAACACAUGAAAGUGUACUCUGUUGGUUAUACCUGAGGGGUGUUUCAUAAAGGUGACUCAGAAAUCCAGGUCUGAAAAAUGCGAACCUAUGAACUGCACUGCUCGCAUCAAUUCAAGAAACAAACACGCAACACAAGAAAGAAAAAGGGGCGUGUGAGAACACCUGCUUGGAAAGGGAGGGGUGAUGGGAGAGGUAUUCACUUUGUUGCAUUUUGCAACCUCACCUCUAGAUGCCACUAAAUCCAACACACUGGUCCUUUAAUGUGUCAACAAGAUGCAGUGCUAUUUAAAAAACUUGAAAGGACCCAAACCAAGUCAUUUACUUGUAGCAAAGAAUAAAGAUAAUAUUUUUUAGAAACUUAAGUUGUAAUUCCAGCAUAAAGUUAAACCUGAAAACUGGCCCGACCAGACUAACUUCCACUGAAACUUACAUGGAUGCAUAACUUAAUGAGCCAACCACGUGUGGGCCCAGGAGCCAAGGUGGUCAACGAAGAGACAGUUUGCAUUUCUAGUUCGAUAGUCAAUCAACACAAAAGUGCAAGAUGAACAAAAAGCAAAUCAAAACAACCACAAAGCAACUACUAGGAAACAUAAAACGACUACAAAGAGAUGCAAAAUGACAUUAAAGUGACACAAAGCUGCAAACUUGGCCGCAUUAGUUUUGUCUCUUUCAGUCUAGGGGUCUUGCUGAAGGAUAGUGAGCCUUCUAUGUGUCUGUGCCCAGGGGCCCAUUUUUUAUUCAUCCAUGCUUAUCUAAGCCUCCCUCACAAAAAAAAAAAAAAUAGGCUGUAUUUUCUGAAAUAAGACUUGUUUACCUGGUAAUUUUGCUUUAUAAAACACCCCUCUAGUCUCACAAGCUAGAUUUUAUUUAUCAGAAAAAGCCUGGACCACUAUUCAAUUUUUUACAGUACCAACCAAAGUCUAGGACAAACUGUGGGUCAGAUGAAUCUUGACUGCUUUUCCAAACCACACAACAGGACCAGGCAUUCUCUCUAUCUAAGGCGAGGAUCAUACAGUAGCAGUAUGGAGCUGAGGGAACGUGUCUUUACUUUGAAUGUUAGGGAAGAAAUAAAGAAGUGAGAAUUUGGUACGAGUAUAAGACAAUAAAGCCAUUAUAGAAGAAUACAUUUGAGUUGAUAUAUGCACGCAGGGAAUAUAGAGUAUAUACAGUAUAUGGAACUACAUUUAUAAAUAUAAAAACUGGUCACCAGGAUGGUGGCUCACACACACUCACACACACACAGCCGUCUUGCCUUGUACUGUGGGCUCUGACCCUGAACUACGAUAUAACUCAAGUGACCUCAUUGAAAUGAUGGAAGCCAGGUGCAGAAAGAUUAACGAGACUGUUCAGCUCAAGAGUUUUCUAGGAAAUUUGGUAGCAUCAUAAAGAUCUCUCUCGAGGUUAUUUACAUGUUCAAAGCAGCGACAUAGUUAUUAAAUUUAUUAUUUUCUCAUGGGCGUCACAAACAAGUAAUACAGAUGUUUCCGAGCGCAGAGGGCCAGCAGAACAUUUUGUCUGUGCUAAAAGUACCAGUAGUCAAAUUUUUCUGUUAUAAAUACACCUUGAAAUGGUUUGGGAAACUUGCAUCACAUGUAUUCAGUCUCGUUUUUAUUGGUCACUAUAUCUGUGGUAUCUCAAACUUUGACACUUCCUACUCUGUCACCUCCUUCCACUUUGCUUAUUCCUCCUCUUCUUCCCUACCUGCCUUUUCUGUUCAGUGGUUUUUAAUCUGCAUUUUGUACUCUCUAGCUAUGUAAAAUAUCCCCCAAAAAUGUUGACAGGAAAUAUCAAAUACAUUUUGAGAGAAUAAAGUUUAAAAAAAAUUCCUGAAACUGUCUGGUUUUGGGUUUAUUUAUGGACCUCUGCAUUAAAUUUUUCAUGUCUA